AUGGAACUGAAACUUAGAAUGUCAUGGCCAGAUUUCUGUCAGAACCAGGACAAGAUCCGAGAAGAGCUUGCAUCACUGCUGCAGGCAGGAGCCGGGCAUUUGGCCGUCUCAUCCGACCAGAUUCAGCUGAUGCCCACGGAGCCAGAAGACUGCCCUAAAGUGCCCCGGCCAGGAAGCCCCGAGAUAUUGGUUCACAUGUAUCUGGUCAACAAGACUGGACAGUCGGACCCACGACUGACCCUCGAUUGUGCUCACAUCCUGCAGACUCAGUUGUCUACUGGCAAAGAUACCGCCAUCAGAACUCAGCUGAUGGCAGUUCGUGUCGUCAAGGACAAUCGGCUUGAGCCUACUACAGACAGCAGUUUGAGCCCUGUCCACCCAGACCAGGAGGUUGUCAACUCAUUCUCUGACCCAGGAGUGACCAUAGCUAUUGUGCUGGCUACAGUAGGAGCCUGUUAUUGUCUGGGAGUCGUUGUUCUACAGAUUGUCCUCCGGUAUCGCAACAAGGACAUCAUCAUCCCUCACUUCAAACACAGCUUCAGCAUCAACAGUUCAGACUCUAUCCAGCUGACCUCGGUCAACAAGUCCAGACCCAGUAGUGGCUUCUAUAACCCUGGCUUGGAUCUCAGCGAUCAGCUGGAUCCCUCGAACCCGCUCAACGUGAUCCAGCUCUCCAGGAUGUGUCUGGAUGAAAAUAAGAUCCACGAGGAGUAUCAGGGAAUCCCCCAACAGAUGGCGCGCUUGUCUGUGGUUCCUGCUGGCGACGAGGACAAAAAUAGAUAUGCAAAUGUCCUGCCUUUGGCUCACAGCCGAGUGAGACUUCUCCCGGACGGACCAGAUCCAAGCUCCAGUUACAUCAACGCCAACUACGUCACGGGUCCGAACAACAAAAGCCGCUACUACAUCGCCACCCAAGGGCCGACAGAGAAGACCACAGCAGACUUCUGGACCAUGGUCUGGCAACAGGACUGUAAGGUCAUUGUCAUGCUGACCCAGCUGGAAGAGGACGGACAGGUCA